AACGCCUGGGGAGUGUAUGUAGUCUAUCCCCAUGGACACAAACAGUCUGCUCACACAGGCAGGAAGAACAGGUUUGACUGCUCUUGUCCCACAAUCUUCAUUAACUGACUUGCGGGAAAUGUUCUCCAUGAUUGUUUGAACGCCGACAUGAGUCAAGUGCACGCGCCUUCUCCCGAGUGUUUAGACUUCUUCCAUGAAAGGUUCCAGUAUUUGAGUAAUGGAGAGUUCUUUUGUAAACACAAACAACAAACACCCAGUAAACCUCUGUGAACAUUCUCACUUUUGUGUCUCCAGUGAACACCCUGUGCUUUAAACGAUCAAGUUGUGUCUGCAGUGAACACCCUGUGCUUUAAACGAUCAAGCUGUGUCUGCAGUGAACACCCUGUGAUUUAAACGAUCAAGCUGUGUCUGCAGUGAACACCCUGUGCUUUAAACGAUCAAGCUGUGUCUGCAGUGAACACCCUGUGAUUUAAACGAUCAAGCUGUGUCUGCAGUGAACACCCUGUGCUUUAAACGAUCAAGCUGUGUCUGCAGUGAACACCCUGUGAUUUAAACGAUCAAGCUGUGUCUCCAGUGAACACCCUGUGAUUUAAACGAUCAAGCUGUGUCUGCAGUGAACACCCUGUGCUUUAAACGAUCAAGCUGUGUCUGCAGUGAACACCCUGUGCUUUAAACGAUCAAGCUGUGUCUGCAGUGAACACCCUGUGAUUUAAACGAUCAAGCUGUGUCUCCAGUGAACACCCUGUGCUUUAAACGAUCAAGCUGUGUCUGCAGUGAACACCCUGUGAUUUAAACGAUCAAGCUGUGUCACCAGUGAACACCCUGUGCUUUAAACGAUCAAGCUGUGUCUCCAGUGAACACCCUGUGCUUUAAACGAUCAAGCUGUGUCACCAGUGAACACCCUGUGCUUUAAACGAUCAAGCUGUGUCUCCAGUGAACACCCUGUGCUUUAAACGAUCAAGCUGUGUCACCAGUGAACACCCUGUGCUUUAAACGAUCAAGCUGUGUCUCCAGUGAACACCCUGUGCUUUAAACGAUCAAGCUGUGUCACCAGUGAACACCCUGUGCUUUAAACGAUCAAGCUGUGUCACCAGUGAACACCUGAAAGCCGAGUGCGACAAGGUGUCAGUAAAGGAAGCAAAGAGAGAGAUGAGGACGGAAGGUUGGUCAGCCUCUCACCUGUCUACCUACCUGGUGGCUGCUUGAAGAGUGUGCGGGUGUCAAGGUGUCAGGCGCACCACCAGCACCUGCACGUGACAGUGUGACCUGACGUGACGCCUGGCGGCGCAACUGUCAGCCUCGUCUGUCGUCUGCUGCUCGUCGUCCGGUGCGUGCACCAGUCUCUCUCUCUCGUCGUCCGGAGCGUGCACCAGUCUCUCUCUCUCGUCGUCCGGAGCGUGCACCAGUCUCUCUCUCUCGUCGUCCGGAGCGUGCACCAGUCUCUCUCUCCCCCUCUCGCCUUAUCUUCACCUUCAACCUCGGGAGUUCACAGUUUGGGGCAGCAAGAUGGCGUCGUCGUCCCUGACCUUCGCCGACUGGCGGCAGCAGACCAACGAGGGGCUGAUGGCGACGGCCGAGAAGUUGCUGGAGCAGCUGGAGGACGUGUCCGACCUACUGACGGAGAUCGACGAGAAGUACAUCUUGAGCGAGAGCACGGAGGGCGCUGACGACGCCAAGACCAGCAUCAUCCAGAGAUUCCACAGCGGCCUGGACUCGGCGCGCAACCUCGUCAACGUCCUCAAGCGCGAGAAGUGGCGCCUCAACAAGCGCGAGAUGAGCGUGGAGCUGCGCAUGGGCGAGCUUGAGGACUACAAGACCCACCUCAAAAAGGACAUGUCGUCCUUGAACCAGACAGUGGACGCUUUGAGCAUGCGCGUGGUGCAGCUGGAGAACCAGCUGGUGGAGGCACAGGAAGUGCAAGAAAACCUGGAGGCGGAGCUGCAGGAACACCGAAACAGCCUCCAGGACUGCAACGACCGCAACAUGCAGCUGUACACGGAGAACGAGGACCUGAAGAAGGCGGUGGAGCUGCUGGGGCGGUCCAGUCUGGCCAGGGAGAAGGACAGUCUGCUGCAUGAGCUGCAGGUGCUGCAGGCGGAGAACAGCAAGCUGAAAGACAUGCUGCGUGACGCAGAAGCUACCCCACUCCGGCGCCACCCGGCGCCACCACCCGCCACAGACAAGGACGACAACCUGGCUACUUUGACGCGCGAGUUUUUGCAGGAGCUUGCCUCCCUUGACACAAAAGAGCGCCAGAAUGUUGGUAGCAGCGGCACUAGCAACACGCUAAGCGGCACUAGCAACACGCUAAGCGGCACUAGCAACGCGCUAAGUGGCACUAGCAACACGCUAAGCGGCACUAGCAACACGCUAAGCGGCACUAGCAACACGCUAAGCGGCACUAGCAACACGCUAAGCAAAGUGGGCAGUGCAGGGGCCGUAACCAUCACAUCUACUGCUGAUGUGUGACUGACUGCCCUUCCUUGACCUUACUUCACCCCAAUUAUUAUUUCUCCGAUAAACAAUCCACAAAAGGCGGACUUGUCUGUGGACAGACUUCGUCGUACCUACUCCACUUCAAUAUUUACUGCUAUGUGGUAAGGGUGGCUAGUGGAACCUCCCCUAGUGACUGGUUGCUGUGUUGUGACGAGUCCACUCGUGUGUGUGUGUGAUGGCUGUUAACAGUUUCUCAGUUUCAUCGCUUGUCCAGCUUCAGCUGGAGUCUCGCCACAGUCCGGUCACACUCCACCCCAACACAGGCAUCCAUCGUUUUCUUCAGCUUGUUUUAUUUUCUUUUUUCAUGUGCGGCAGUUUUCUUAAACUAGAUCUUAGAGUAUUUCAUUACAUGAAGCAUGGCGGUGGAGGGGAACAAACUCUACAAAAUCUACUUCACUUGCUUUCAAGGAGUUCAUUCCCUUGUAUCGAGUUGCCUCCCAACAGUCAAGUAGCGGCCAACUGCGGCACGUGUGGAAAGAAGCGGAGGAGGACUGGAAAACACAACCACCUUAAAAUUACUGGAUAAAUGUCAGAAUUUCAUAGAGUCCAUGACACAGAAAUAAUAGAAAAUUCACAAAAAAUAAUAGAAAAUUCACAAAAAAUCUCACAUUAGUCAUUAGACCAUUGACACCGGUCGGUUACUGCCAAGUCUUUGAAGGCUUCUUUCAGUAGGAUUGAGGAAAGAUGAUUAUUUCUCUAAAAUAACUGAUUAGACAUCUUUGUAAAAUUUAAAUAAGGCGUUAAGAAAAAUAAUAUCAUAACACUGAUAUACUCCAGUUUUUGUAUCAUGCUCAGAAAAAUUUAACAAUGUAAAAAUAUUUUAUUGUUGAUUGAGCGGUCUUUUUGCAGAUAUGACAUACAUAAGCAAUUGAAACAGCUUACCCGCAACCAUUUUCCCACUAAAGAAAUUUCCUCUCCUCUCCAACUAUAUCCUCCAUUGUCUUUGGCCUUCAAUUUUAUAUAUAUAUAUAAUUUUCCUGUUCACCCCUUAAGUGUUUUUUUUUUCUGGCAUUUUUGUUGUUGUUUGUUAUGGUUCUUCGCCUGGUUUUUCACUGGGAGCGACUAGUGUUUUUACAUUCCUGAUGAUGAUGAUGAUGAUGAUGAUGAUGAUGAUGAUGAUUUGAGCAACCUUCAAAGGAAAGGUCGCAGGUAAUUCGUAAUUCUUCGUGACACCGGGGCUCCAGAAGCUGUUGCAACAGUCUUGGUGCCACUGAGCACAGCGCCACAGGCUCCGGGUCGCUGGCGUCGGUCUCGCUCCACAACACAAAACACGGGUUCGUCUUGUUUUAGAGGAUAGUAAAUGUCUUGAUUCUACAGGUGGAUGUAUUUAAAGUAAACAACAAUGUGGAAACAUUUGGUGAUAUACCACACAGCUCUCUAUUUUCAUACAUUUCUCAGCAGUUUGUUUUCAAUUACCUUCUGUUACUGAUGGGGCAGUUGUCACAUUUCUACGGGAUUAUUUGGCGACACGGGAAGAUGUAAUGACAGACAAAAUCUACAAAAGGAAAAAAAUCUCGAAACUGUUUUCAAACUGUUGACUGUGAAGAGACACCUGCAGGAACAUUGACAUUGACCAGACACUGACCUGACACACGGUCAAGACCAUCCCUGGUCAACAUUCGACUGGCAAGGCCAUCUUCAACCUCGUGGCCAUCCAAUACAACAUCGAAUGAUUCAUCAGACAGACGUGUGAUGAAAAAUGGCGAGGGUAGGGUGUGUAGCUGAGGGACCUUUGGUCUGAAAAUCAAGUGCGUGGGAGGGAGGGAGAGGUAGCAGGCGAGAGGUCAAGCUUAGCAAGUCGUUUGGAGGUCGAUCCUAGACGAUAGGGACUGGCAUUCACACAUCAUAGCCCACCCUACCGCCUGGUUUUUCCACCAGUCCACAAGGUAAACACUUCUACUCUCCCGAUGAUCUGAGCAGAAACACAAACAUUAGCUAAAGAGAAGCAGAUAACAGAUUGGUUAAAGCUCUAACAUCCAAACUCGGAGGCCAGCCGGUUCGAUACCCAUGUAGCGCAGCUGUAGGGAGGUUUGGGAAGGUAAGAAAGCGAUAGAGAUGGGCACCCCCCUCCUCACAUAAAAAGCUGGCCCGAGAAAGGCGGGGUCUCUAACACCUCCGAAAGUUGGGGGACUACCUUUACCUUUUUUUUAAACCAGCAGAAAGCCACCUCUCCACCCUUGAUGGUCGGAGCUACUAUCUAUGUAAUAUCUAAUCUAGGGGACCCCAUUCUUCCCAUUCCCCCUGCCAGGCUUUGUGGCUGCCCCCAGGGUAGCGCAGUACCGGCUGUCCAGUGCUGGGGUCAGUGAGUGCUGAGGACGUUGCAGUCACGCGAGGUUACCCGUGUUGCCGGUCGAAGUAGGGGUGGAGCCGGGGUCACUUGGUGCACAUCUGACACGUGCACAAUGAACGGUGGCAUCAAACGUGUGUUUGUGUGGAUGAGAGGCAGCCUGCACCCGGGUCUUGCCACCCUGAUGACUGGUACAGCGGCCAACUCCAUGGUCUGUGGUCAGAGAGGCAGCCUGCACCGCGUGACACUGUCGUGACAAAGUAUGACAGACACCUGGACAAGGACACAGACUUGGGGCUGAUGUGAAGGACAAUGUGAGGAGCGAGCACAAUGCCCGUGUGGGGAAAUAAUGUCUUUGAUUGUGUGGAAACUUGUGUAUCCAUUGGUAGCUGUAGAGAACUUUCUUCUCAGUUGCCCUUGCCUUUUGUUUUGUGUUUUUGAAACUUGCAUAAAGGUGGCGCGCGCCGUCACACUCAGCCUC